GCUCGCGGGGCUUCUUUCUUCCUUCCCGCGGACGCUACACGCGCGCGCACAAAGCCAUGGGGCUCCAGGAACCUGGCGUGCCUGUGACCCUUCUGCUCUGGAGCACGGCUGCCUGGGGGUGCCUGCUGGGCGCUGCUGCCGCCGCCGCCGGGACUGGAGAGACUGCUGCUUGGGCUGCUCGUAGGCAGGAGGAGUCCUUCUCGGCGGCCGGGGUCUAUGGAGCCAGAUGCACGUCCAGGUGCCUCAGCUUGCAGAUCACGCGCAUCUCCGCCUUUUUCAAACACUUCCAGAAUAAUGGAUCUUUGGUCUGGUGUCAGAAUCACAAACAAUGUUCUAAGUGUCUGGAGCCUUGCAAAGAGUCCUGGGACUUGAAGAAAAAUCAUUGCCAAAGUUUCUGUGAGCCUCUUUUCCCUAAGAAGAACUAUGAAUGCCUAACUAGUUGUGAAUUCCUGAAAUAUAUCCUGUCGGUGAAGCAAGGAGAUUGCCCAGCUCCUGAGAAGGCCAGCGGCUUUGCGGCUGCCUGUGUUGAAAGCUGUGAGGCUGACAGUGAAUGCUCUGGCGUCAAAAAAUGCUGCUCCAACGGAUGUGGACAUACGUGCCAAGUACCAAAAAAUCUGUACAAAGGUGUCCCUUUGAAACCCAGAAAAGAAUUAAAGUUUACUGAACUUCAGACUGGACAGCUGGAAGUUAAAUGGUCUUCAAAAUUCAAUAUUUCAAUAGAGCCUGUUCUCUAUGUGGUGCAAAGGAGAUGGAACUACGGAAUUCAUCCCAGUGAGGAUGAGGCCACGAGUUGGCAAACUGUUGCACAGACCACAGAUGAGAGGAUGCAAUUAUCUGAUAUCAGGCCCAGCAGGUGGUACCAGUUUCGAGUGGCGGCCGUUAAUGUGCAUGGAACCAGAGGCUUCACUGCUCCCAGCAAGCAUUUCCGCUCUUCAAAAGACCCUUCAGCUCCACCUGCUCCAUCCAAUCUCCGAAUUGCCAACUCUACUGCAAACAGCGAUGGAAGUGUGAGUGCAAGGAUUGUUUGGGAUCUUCCCGAAGAACCUGAUAUCCCAGUCCAUCACUACAAAGUGUUCUGGAGCUGGACAGUUAACAGCAAGUCUCUUGUACCUGCUAAAAAGAAAAGAAGGAAGACAACAGAUGGGUCCCAGAAUUAUGUAGUCCUGGAAGGACUCCAACCCAACAGUAACUACAUGGUUGAACUUCAGGCAGUCACAUAUUGGGGUCAAGUACGCCUGAAAAGUGCUAAGGUCUCUCUCUACUUCAGUUCUACUCAGUCAGCUGUUAACAGUAAAGAGCAACUAUCUACAGUUCUGAAAGCAAAGAACGGAUUAACUGAUGCUCUUCCAUCCUUCAAAGGAAGAAGACCCACUCGUCUCCUUGAAAUUGGAGUACCUUUCUAUCAAGAUGAUCAGCUUCAGGCGAAAGUCUAUUGGAAGAAGACAGAAGAUUCUGCCAGUAGAAGUAGAUACCAUGUCCAGUGGUUCCCAGAAUCUUGUAUAUACAAUGAGACAAAAGGGCCUGAGAAAUACAGUGGUACCACAUAUGAAAAUUAUAUAAUUCUUCGGAAUCUGUCAUUUUCGUGCAAAUACAAAGUUACAGUACAGCCAGCAAGGUCCAAAGACCGGUUGAAGGCUGAGAGUAUUUUCUUUACGACUCCAUCUUGUUUCGAUCUUAAAGGAAAAAAGCACAAGCAUGUAAACUGUCCAUCUGAGGAAGCUCCAGUUGUCCCCAAAGUGUUGGCAAAACCCGAGAAUCUCUCUGCCUCUUUUAUUGUUGAGGAUAUAAACAUUACUGGCCACUUUUCCUGGAAAAUAUCCAAAGCAGAUCUUCACCAACCCAUGACAGGAUUCCAGGUCACUUGGGCAGAGGUCACAACAGAAAGCCGGCAGAACAGUUUGCCCAACAGCAUUAUUUCUCAGUCACAAAUACUGCCAGUAGAUCACUAUGUUCUGACUGUGCCCAACCUGAGACCAUCAACUCUUUACCGAUUGGAAGUCCAAGUGCUGACAACAAGUGGAGAAGGACCAGCUAUAAUCAAAUCAUUCAGAACACCUGAUUUGCUAUCAUCUCCACACAGGCCGCAUCUGAAACAGCACCAUCCACAUCACUACAAACCACCGCCUGAAAAAUAUUAAAAAGUAAUUGGAUUAAUUAGUUGGAAAAGAUUAUAAACUGAGCUCCUGCAAGGUCAGAAAAAUGCACAUGAAUUGGAUCAUGGUCUGCUUCUGAUGGAUUUGUAUGAAUUGUUUAGUUAUAUCUUCAUCGUAUGGAUUGCAGAAAGCAUGUUUGUUCUAAUGUCAGGCUGAAAUGUCAUGAAAAGACCAACUGUAUUCACGUAAAAGAAGAUGAAUCAAUUAUGGAAAAUAAAAUAGUGAUUUACUGUCAUCAUAGACUACAAUGUAUGACAUUGACAGGGGUUUUUUGGUCUUUUUUGUUUUAUCUGUUGUUCAGAGUUUUUAAGUCUAAUGAUGUAAUUCAAGAUUAAAUUGUGAAUAGUUCAUUAAAUCUUUAAAAAAAUGAAAUUUGGCAUAAGUUCAGUAACAAACAAAACAUGUAACUAAUGAUAUAAAUUCCCUGUGUUGAUACAUUGUUUAUAUUAAAUCCAAACCAAUACAUGAGUGCAAAACAGAAAAAAUAUCAAGUAUAUUAUCUUUGUCAAUACUGGAGAAUGUCCCAGUUUUGGUAGCUGUCACCUUUUACAUGUGGCAUUCAUAUGUGAAUCUUUAUAUUUCCAGAUAACGUUUGUAGAACGUCAGUGCAUUGACUUGGUGGUAUAUAAAUGUAAUAAAUGUAAUAAGAGGCAUAUAAAUGUAAUAAAUAAUCAAAGUGGGUUGUGGAUCAUGAUCCCACAUUUUAAAAUGUCAGCUAGACGAAUCUGUGAAAAAUAUUAUGACAUUGGAUUCAGAGAUACAGUUGAGUCUGGACAACAUGUUCUCCCUUCAGUUAACCAAACAGUAGACAUUCAUGUAUCUGUAAAUUAUACAUUGUGCACUCCAGUGAGGCAGUUCCACAUGUGCAAAAUAUGUACACAUCUAUAUCUUCAUUGAAAGUUCCCACAUAGGGAAGAGCUUCAUGUCGAAAUGGAAACUGCAGUGUAUAUUGGGUUCCGAUCAGGAUAGCAAAAUCUGAAGUGGUAUUAAAUAUUGAGAGAUGUGUGUCAUUAUUGAGGUGAGCAACUUCUCUGAGAUGAACAAUACCUUAAUAGCACAAGUAAUUCCACAUAUUUUCAGUAAUGCAGUUAUGACGUUCCCUCCUUCUCUUUCCCUCUUCUUUGUCCUUAAACAGCAGAAAUGGCACCAGAGGCAUUUUUUAAAUUAAAAAAUAAUUAUUUUAUUUAUUUUAGAGGGGAAAGGUCAGGUGAAAUUAGGGGGUGAACAUGCCUGCGGCAAUUCAACAUAGAUAUCUCUGAGAUAGAAUCAGUACAUGGACAGACUUUAGUUCUUAUGUUCUUCACGGAUACUUAAAUUCUUGUGUGUAGAAGCUUUUUGUUCCAGUAUUUUCCCCAAACACUGUAAUACACUUUCUUUUAAUAAUUGCUUUCUCUUUGUGGCUUAAGAAGACUGGUACCCACUUUCUAGUACCCCAAAUCCCUUCUCUUCAAACACCAGUGCUUUCCUUCCAUUUUUAACUGAAUCUUAAAGUUUCCAAAAUGCAGUUUCCAAUCACACCCGACUAGGGAUCACCCUCUGGAGCUACCUCCUUGUUUUGUUUGACUGAGUAGAGAAAAGUCUCUUCUCUUUAGAAGAUUUAUCCCUGUUCUUGGGCCCUAAUGGGAGUCUGCACCUAUUUCCCAAACUUACUUUCCAACUUUUCCCCUAUUCUUCUGUUGGUGUUAAAACUUCUCUCAGUUAGGACUCUGCCUCCCAACUGUCACAUUUGAUUCCUCUCAGCUAGGGCUGAAAACCGACCCUCUUCUUUCCAGCUCAUGCUACCCAAUCAGAUUACUUGGAGUAGCCUGUCACUCAAAGCUCUCUGUGUCUGUGAGGGAUUAACUCUUAACAGUCCUUCAGCUUUUUGUACAGGAUUUCCAGGCUUUUAAAAAGUGCAAUCUGUCACAGCAGUACAUGAGGUUAGAUCCAGCCAGCUUUUUCACUCAACCAGUGCCCUCCAUUCUGUGUAGUUUUUCUGUAUGCAGGUCUACGUGAUUCUCAACACAGCUAUUUUUGGUGGUUAAAUGGGACCUCUCCCUUCUUUUGUACCAGUAAAAAAAGUAAUUGGAUCCUAUUAUUUUAUAAACAUAAUUUAACACGAAUGAUAGAAAGUUUCAACAGAUCCAGAAUCUUUUACUUAUAUACUGCAUAUCAGCACACACUUCUGAAAGAUUAAACUGUUCAGUCCUAGAAGAAACAAUGGUCCACCCCACACAUUGGUGAAUAACAGUGUUGUACCAUUUAUCUAUGUUUAUUUGUUUCUCCAUGGAUUAAAAAAGAGGCUUCUUCUAGUAAUUCUAAGCUGUUUAAAUAGACGAGGGAGAAUUAGACUAAACUUUCUUAAAGAGAAAAAAAGGUCAUACUCCUAUUACAGGCUUUGUUGUGGAUACAGGAAAGCAAGGACAUAGCUAUUCCCAAAGCAUUUAUGGGAUUUGAGAGCAACCAUUCCAUGGUUGGUGUAUGGAAGCAUAGUUUAUUCUUAAGACUCAAAUAUAUGAAAUACCAUCAGAAUUUGAUCACCACAAAAAAAAUUCAUUUCACAUGACAUCACUUGAAACGUAAAACAUUCUAUGGAGGCAGACUGCAUGUUCAGUGAAAGCAAUUGUAAAGAACAUACGCAUUCACACCUUGGCAAAUAUAUUUUUUUCUCUUGUUACCCAUAAAACUAAUUAGAGAAGAAACAGACAUGUAAAUUGAACAUAUCUCUGGCUCUAGGUACCAUUGAUGUGGUUUUAAGUUGGAUCGUUACAGUUUGGUAUAUAUUGCUGAUAAAAUGGCCAUUAGUAGAACUUCUCACCUCCAACGGUGGCAGAUAAUCAAGUUUUGAGAAAUCAACAUGUAUAUGUAUGAACCAGUUCAUAUAGUGCAGCCUUUACUAAACCUAAAAAGGCAAACUUCCAUAUAAUUUUGCAUUACAUACACUCCUUUUAAGUACAGGUAAAUAUAUGCUAAAAUUGUAUUAAAGUCACUGAAAUGUAUGUCUCUGAUUGUUUGUACAGAAAUAGGGUUUAAGAGGAUUAUUAUAUGUCUACAAUCAGAGGUCAAAAAUAUAGGACAAGGACCAAGUGGUUUCAUUCCAGUGUAUUAUUCCUUUUUUAAAAAAGUGCUUCUCUCAUUUAUCUUUAAAAACUGUUGAGAUAUUAACUUAUUUAUUUUUUUUGAGUUUCCUUUUUUUUGCCAAGUGUUCUUAAAUCUUUUCAUCAGGACCUGUGGACACGCAAGUUAAUAUAAAUGUCAUAUACACCUGUAUAUAAUCCAGGAAUAUGAUCCUUAUAAUUUGUUGCAUGUUUUUUUUAUUUCAGAAUUUUAUUUAAGAAAAACAAAUACCUACAGAUGUUGAUGGAUCUAUAUGGUUUGCAUGCCAGAACUCAUAGCUCAGUUAUAGGCAUGAAUUGUAUGACUGUAUCAUCUCUAUUGAAUAUAUUAGUAAAGUACAAUUUACAAAGUAAUUAACAGAGGUUCUAUAUGUAAAAAUAUUUUUCUUUCUAUGUAAUUAUAUUGUAGUGUGGAGAUAACAGAACUAAUCUGUUAACUAAAUUGGCUGUAGAAAUCAUGUUCUUAUCAUGUUUCCUUUAAAAUUAAAGUCCAUAUUUAUUUAUAUAUGUUAUACAGAAGAAGGUUGAUUUUGUGUGUGUGUGUCAUGUUACUUCAAGAAUAAUGAAUCUUGUAAAAACCUUUUGUAAAAAAUAUAUUGUAAAUAGUAUGCUGUUCUGUUUCUCCUUAUGUUCCUGUUUAGAUUUUGUACAUAUGUUUAACUAAUAAAUUACCCUUCAAUAUAGAAA